AUGUCGUUCGCUUCCACCAACUUGACUCUCGUCGACACGAAGCGCGGCGACCUGUUCCUGCCGAGGGAGGUCGAUUACGUCUGCGACGAAAUCACCAAGACGGAGCUGGAGCUAGACGAGGCGAAGGCAGCCGAUACCGCUGCCAAGUUCGACUUCCUGGUGUACACCGAAGGAGGCUUCGACAGGAUCUUCAGCCUAUCCUACUACUCGCGCAUGCGCCUCGCCGUGACAGCAGCAGCUGCUGCCGCUCUUCAAUAA